UUCAUAUUCUCCAAAUCCAAAAGUGUAAAACGGAGCGAAACGCUAAGAUAGUUGUUUAUUCUUGGAGUUAUCUUAGUUAUUCUUGCUUAGUGAAGUGAAGAGAAAACCAGGUCAAAAUGCCUUCGAUGAGAGUGGAGGGUGACAGUGAUGGCGACGGCGAUUUGUCUGGAGGUGAUACAGAAAGAUCUGGGGGUUCCUCCAGGGGUCCUGAUCGAGACUCCAGUGCUGAGGAAGCAGAUGAACCGGAUUCCGAUGACUCCUCAGAGAUGGAUGAGGGCGAGUGUGAGCGCAGAAGGAACGAAUGCCUGGACAAUCUCGCAAACCUAGAACGACAGUUCACCGUUCUAAGAGAGCAGCUGUACAAUGAAAGAGUGAAGCAUGUGGAGUACCAGCUGGCUGAAGUUCGUGGAGGACGCUCGCAAGAGUACCUCGGUCCUCUGAGGUCUCUACAGGAGAAUAUGAGGAUUAGGAUCGAGGUGGCGGGUGUGCUGAAGCAGAUGCGGAUAGAGAACAUCAAACACAAGUACGAGGCGGAGGAGCAGGCUGCGCAUCAGCAUUUCAAGAGCGAGAAAUGGCUGACGUACGAGUCGAUGCGCGAAGAGUUCCUUGAGAAAAUAAGAAAGUUAGAGGAGGAACGGCAGACGGUAGACCUCUGGUCGACGGGAGCGGAAUGGGGCAAACGCAGGAGAAAGAGACAGGUCACUGUAACCCCCCCUUACGUAGUGUACAUGUUACCCGACGCAGACAUCAUGGAAGACUGGCGACUAGUUCGGAAACUUCUGGAAAAGUCUGACUGAUAUUCGCAGACCCCGAGAGGGCCCCCGGCUUUCUUAUGACAGCACGUCCCCUCCCGACCUGUGUUCGCAAAGCCCUUUGCUGUAAAGAAACAUUAAAUUGGUAUGUGUAUUAACUACAAAGACUUUUUGAACAUACAAAUGCCUUGUCUUAGGUUGAACAUUUUAUUAUGCACUGGCUUACAAAACCAAGUACAAUCAAAGAGCGUAAGUGCAGUCAAUGAGCCCAGCAAAUUGUUUGUAAACAGUGGUGAAAUUAUGAACCAUUAGUUGUCGUAAUUAUAAAAUUUAUGUUUUUGUAGGUGUUUUUGGUCUAUUACAGAAAAGACAUGUAA